UCAACAAAUAUGGCGUUAGAUACCAGUACCUGACUCAAGGAAUCAAGCGGAUGCAAAUCCAAGACAAAUAAUUAUAGAAGUUUCACCAUUAGCUCAAAGCUGAUCCUGAUCCUGAUCCUAAUGUUUACUGUUGACAAGAAUAGCAAGCUGACGCAAGUUCUUAAAGAUUCCCUAGGUGAUGAUUCUAAAACACUAAUGCUGGUUCAUGUUUGUCCCCAUGAAGAAGAUUUGUGCGAGACAUUGUGUACAUAAAAUUUUGCAGCACGAGCCAAACGAUCAAACGAAGAAUCAACAGAAGUUAAGGCAGAAAAGGAAGUUGCAAUAAAUAAUCUGCUGCAGAAGAUGAACCAAAUUGAGUACAACCCAAUGAUGUCACAGGAAAUCAAGAAGCUGAAUGAGAAACUAGGAAAGCUUACAAUAAUAUCACCACCCUCUUUAACUGAACUAUUGGGUCUCUCAGAAGUAUGCAUUGAAGGGUUAGGGUCUAACAUGAGAUUUCAGAAAGAUAGUGUCACAUCUACCCCUUUAGCAGACUUCCCUAGAUUCAUGAGGCCUACUGUUUGUAGCCGAAGUAAAUCAAGAAAUGCUGGAGUAGAAUUCCAAGCUUUAAAAAGUAGAUCCUCGCUUCCUCCUAGAAAAGGGAAAGGAUCCACUCAUUGUGCCAAGUCUGUGGAUGUCCCUAUAGAAGGAGCAUCAGAAUGCUACUCAGAGAGCAGUGUUUCCAAAACUAUCUGCCUUAUCAGUCCAACUACGAAAUUCAGUGCGGAUAAUGAGAUAGAAUUCAGCGAAGACACAUCUGAUAGUGACACUAAGGUGGCAGAUUUUGCAAAACAACAUCUAUCAGAAAGAGGUUCUAUACACAAAAAGUGUAAUUUGAGACUCAGCAAAAAGAACCACGCAAAUACAAUGGAAAGAAUAUCAACCCAAAACCACUCAAAGGUUGAUAAUUGGCUUCAACUGCACAAAUGUGCAGCAAAUAUAAACAGUUCCACUCAUAAGAACAAAAGAAUUCUUGCGAUACCAAUUCCAGAGAAUAAAGCACGGGUCAGGGGCAGAAUUGUGGCAGAUUUACAUGAAGAAAAGGUCCCAGGCAAGGGGUUGAGAACAAGAAACACGAAGCAUAGAGAUGCAAAAUUAGUUGAUAUGGAGAACCAUUUGAGCUCCGAGUUAGAAGAAGUCAAUGUGUCUCAUGCAGUUUUUAAGCACUUUAUCGCUUAUGAGAAGUCAUAUUCAGCAUGUACAGCCUGCAAUAUUGAUGCAAUAACUCUGAAUGGAACACAAGGUCAGGUACUCGAUUCAACAUUUGAGGUCAGUGGACCUGCUGAUUUGAAUGAUCUUAAACUGAUCAUGCCAGACAUUGCAUAUCAAGAGACAAAUAAUAUCUCAGCAUCUAAGGUCAACAGCCUUAGCAUAGGCCUGAUAGAGAGUCCCUCAAGCUCAAAGAAGAAACCAAACUACGAAGAAAUGCAUGAUAUGGAAGAAAGUAACUUAGAGAAUAUGCAUGUCCCUGGAUGUGUUAGAGAAGGAACAAAGCCCUUCCACUAUGACUUAAGAUCUCCCAGCGCUUUGUCCAUUUGCAAAUCAAAUCAAAUGGAUUAUUACCUUGUUCCCAAACCACUAGACAACAGCAGAACUGGAGGGUUCCUUAGCCUUUUGAAACCAAAAGUACACAUCUUAUAUAGCAGCGCUCUUGCCGCAUUGGGAUUUGCAAGCCUAGGUCUUGGGCAUGACUUCUUCUAUGCUUUGACUCUCUAAACAACUGACCUAUGACAUGCCAGACAUGAUGCACAUUUGGAGUUUUCCUUUCAAAAACUAGGUACCAAGUGAUGCUGUAUUUCAUCCAAGAGAUAAAGAUAGAUGUUCAUUGGCUGCUAGGCAACCGUGAGAGGUUAUAAUCUCAUUCCCAAGCUCAAAUUGUUCAUAAUGCAGGAAUUACAUAUGGAAGGUAACAAGGUCUCAACAUGUGUAGUGGUGGUUCCUUUAAGUGCCAUCUCAUGACUCUCCAAAUCAGGGUGAAAGGUCACCAUAUGUACACGUACCAAAUAUUUAAUCCCAUGAGUUAAACAGUAAAUUCAACUCUUUAGAACGUUAAAUGUUUUCCGAGAUGCAUCUUACUAUUUUGUUUUAGUAUUCUUAAAGUAUUGUAAGAUACCAAAAAGAAAGGAAAAAAGUCCUAAUUUGUCCCUCAACAAGUUACUUUUGUUUUAUUAUGCCUCCAUUAGAAGUUGGCAACAAAAACCCCUCGUCGUUAUGCAUACACCCUUAUUCUGUAUGAUAGUUCUAGUUUGCUAAUAUUAUCAAAGCUGGAGCUGCAUAACUACCAGGUGUGAGGACAUGUGAAAACAAUUCUCGUUGACCCUUACAUGAAUUUCACCUAAAUCUCAAAAAGAAAUCUAGCCUAAGGUAGACCAAAUCUUCUAUUAACUUUAAAUUAUGCAUUCAACAACAAGCUAUGUGCAUCCAACUAGAUAAUGCACUACAGUUUCAUGAAAUUACGGUAAACUAUAACAGUGCAGAAGCAGUAUGUAACAGAGAUCAGCAAGUUGUAUAUACGAAAAAUUUAAGCAAAGUUAACAAGAAUUCCAGAUAAAAAAAUAGUGCCUGGGCUAAGAGACAUGUCAAGGACUGCAUUUGGUUUGUUCAACCUGAGUCACUGAGAAGUGCUAAUGACUUGUUCCUGACCAUACCCCAAAACUGAGAAGGUUGAAACUGGGAAGCUCACUCCUUUAAUGGACAAAUACAUAGACAGCCCCUUAAAGUUCUCAUCUCUUUUCAUGUAGAUACCUCAACUGAAGUAUUCACCUAUUAACACUUUAGCCUCAAUCAAUGUGUGCAUAUUAAACACAGUGUGCUGGUAUGGCAUGCUGAAUUUUACCCCUUUCUGUAGUGCACUAAGGGCCUAUUUAGAUGGGCUUAUAAAAAGUAACUUAUAAGUCAAAGUUAAAAGUCAUAAGUAGAUGCGUUAUGGACGGCGAAAGGUGAAAAGGUUAUGGUGAGGCGCUCACCUUUUUGAAGUGUGGUGGCAAUUAAUACCAAAAUUUUAAAUAUUUAAUUGCAUACAUAAAUAAUCGAAUCUCAAUAGCAAUAACAAAUUACCCAAUAUUUCAAUUCAAAACCUGAAAAUAGAUAGUACAUACUAAAAGUCUAGAACUUGAAUGAAAAAAAAAAAAGUCAAAACGCUGAGAAAAAAACAAGGUAGAAGUACUCUAAAGUCUGAAAAAAAAGAAGGAAAAAGAAACAGAGGAAGGAGAAAAUAGAAGAAAUCUGAAGAAGAGAAGAAGAAGAAGAAGAAGAAGAAGAAACAGAAGAAGAAGAAGAAGAAAUUAGAAGAAGAAAAGAAGAAAUAUGUAUUGAUUGGACUUUGGAGUCGCCGGAGAAGUCUAGCUGAGCCGACUGGUUGGAGCCGUAGUUGUAGUCUAUGAGUGCAACUAAGCAAAUUUAGAAAGAUAAUCCUAAAAUUACCUUUUGACUUUUAAAACCCUAAAUUGGUCGCUUUAUUUUAAGAUAAUACAAAAGGUGAUGCCUUUGUUGCCUUAAUCGCCUCUCGCCUUUGUCACCAUGGCGUCGCCUUUUGAAGAUCGCCUCGCCACAAAGCUUAGGCGAUGAAGGUUCACCUCGCCUCACCUCUCGCCACUGGCGAUGAGGCGACCACCUUUCACAACACAUGUAGAUGUACCCUACUUUCGACUUUUCACUUAUUUUAAAGCUUUUUUGGCCUAAAAGUGGAAGCUUAAAUGUACUUUAUAAUCUUUCCAAACACCUCAAAAAAUAUAUAUACUUAAAAGUCAAAAGCACCCAAAAAUAAGUUAAUCUAAACGGGAAAUAAAUGACUUUUUAGAAUCUAGGUUUCAUUUUUACUUGAAGUUAGUUCUGUUUUUGUCACCAGAUUCUCAUUGGAAAUUUCCGAAGCACCAUAGACUGCUUCGAACUGCUUCCAACUGAUUAACCCCCAAAAAAGAUGACAUUCUUAUUAUUGGAUUAGAAUUAUCAUUGACACAGAACAUCACACUUUUACAUCAUUCUUCCUAUGACCUUUAACCAUAAAAGUAAAAUGGAAACUUUGACUACGUAUUGACAAUAAUAAAAUUACAAACCAAUCUUCACAAAAUCCUAGGUUUCUCUGGACAUCUCAAGAUGUCAGUUUCUGCAUAUGCAACUACACAAAUAUGACCAUUGAGAAACUCAAUAUUCAUUCCAGAAUCAUCGAAACUCCAUGGAUUCUUCCGAUGAAAACCUUGUUAAAACCCUUUUAAGAAACCCAUCAAUUCACAGCUGGAAAAGAUGCAGCUCUAUUUUACCGUUAAUCAUGGUGAUUUCUGGUUGUAACUUAAAGGGUACGGCAAUAUAUUGGGCUGUCUGUAAUCUUUAUCUUCUGCUACUCAACAUGGUAUGUGGGUGAUAGUUCAGAUGGAUGGACAACUAAAUCUGAGGUUACCAAUUAAAAGAGUGGUAAAGAGGGAUAAGAGCCAUAAUGAUUACUAUUGAUGUUGAAGUAAUGAAUAUUCUUGGGGUUCUUUGCGCUGUACCAGAGUCUUUGUCAAAGGGCAGUUCCAUUCCAGGGAGAUUGUUCAGUAAAAGAUUCAAAGCAAAAGCAAAGAUGGGCAUCAUUCACUCGCGAGAAACCUUGUCCGCUUUCAAAUUACACGUGUCAGGGGUAGUGGAUAGAGUGAAAAGCAAUGAGGAUCCAUCUGCUAAGCUGGAGAAAUGGAGCAAAUACAAUACAGAGGAAUAAUGGCUAAGAGUAUUUGGUCGGAAGUCAAUAUUUCGGGGGUUUUGAACUUUUGCCAGAAAAUUGCAAUGUAGUUUAUAGAUCAUUUUAAUAAAAAAUGAUAACUAGAGCACUAAGAGAAAGAAAACCAUACAAAGGAAGACCCGUGACAACAGCUUCACUAGAUUUAGAUGGAAUAUUUACUUUGAGAGCACAAAAUCCAUUGGUAAAUACUUCCUGCCACUGUAAACCAUGAAAAUUCAACAACCAGGUGGAACUUAAUUCAAAAAAUUAAAAAAAGCUAAAAUUUGUAACCUACAAGCAUGAUUUGUCACUAACUUAGUGAAUCUAGCUAACUUGGUACCAGUCACCAAUAGAAGAUUCGAAGUGGGGGCUCGGAACAGAAGAAGCAAGAAUAAUGGUAUUAAUUUGAUUUACAUAAUACAUUCUGUUUUUUCUAAUGUCAAGUGCUAUGAAGAACCUUAAACUGUGCUAUUUUUAAGUCCUACUUACU